AUGACAACAACUUCAACAACUAGUGUAAAUGGUAGAGCUUCCUCGACUUUGAAGACCACUUUAUCUGCUUCAAGUCCAAGUUCAAAUGGCCCAACACCUGUUAUUCUUCCUCAAAAGCCAAAAUUAACAGGCUGGGCACAGGCAGCUGCCAAAGCCCUUCCAAAACAACAACAACAGCAGCAGCAGCCACGAAAAGAUGACUCUGUCGCAGUACAACCUGCUAACGGGAAGGCUAAAGCCAUUGUAUCUACCGCGCCGCCCGCCAAUAUAAAGGGCAGUUCUACCGCCAAUGGAUCAUCCACAAAUAAGAAAUUUAAAAGGGCAAAUAGACAACCUUAUAAUAGAGAUGAAGUUAGAUCGUAUAUGCAUAAGUUAUUUCAGAGCUACACCACGGGCGAAAUGAGCCAUUCAACGAAAACUUACAAACAAGUACUAUCAGAAACGGCAAGCGGUAGAGUAUCAACAGCCACUGAUUGGGGUACUGUAUCAAGCAGUAAAAAUAAAAAUAAAAAAUACGGUUGCUUGACUGAUAUUGCUAAAGUUUUAAGAAACCAAUGA